UGGGGAAUUAGCACCGGGGACGGGCGCGCGCGCAGGUCCCCAGCACAUCUGGGCGAGAGCCGAGCCUCUGGAAGCGAGCGGGGCGCCGAGCGCCUGUCUGGAGCGUCAGAGCCACCGCGCAGCCGGAGCCCCUUCGAGACGCUCCGGGCUCACAUCUGGCACCGGGAGAAGGACCGCGCAGCGCGCAGCUGGACGCGGGGAGGGGGCGGCGGCUACACAGCUGGACCGAAGGGGGCGGGGUCGGUCCCAGCGACGGGCUGAGGGGAGGGCCGCGAGCCACCGGGACCUGAGCAUGGGACAGCGCGCCUGAAGGAGCAGCCCGGGGAAGAGGGGGCCUGGGACCCCGAAAGGAAAAAAGAGACGGGUGACAGCGGAGGAGGAAGAUGCAACUGACCCGCUGCUGCUUCGUGUUCCUAGUGCAGGGCAGCCUCUAUCUGGUCAUCUGUGGCCAAGAUGAUGGCCCCCCUGGCUCAGAGGACUCUGAGCAUGAUGACCAUGAAGGCCAGCCUCGGCCCAGGGUGCCUCGGAAGCGAGGUCACAUCUCACCUAAGUCUCGCCCCUUGGCCAACUCUACACUCCUAGGGCUGCUGGCCCCACCUGGGGAGGUUUGGGGUGUCCUCGGGCAGCCCCCCAACCGCCCCAAGCAAAGCCCCCUACCCUCGACCAAGGUAAAAAAAAUAUUUGGAUGGGGUGAUUUCUACUCCAACAUCAAGACAGUGGCCCUGAACCUGCUGGUCACGGGGAAGAUUGUGGACCACGGCAACGGGACCUUCAGCGUCCACUUCCGUCACAACGCCACAGGCCAGGGUAACAUCUCCAUCAGCCUUGUGCCCCCCAGUAAAGCCGUAGAGUUCCACCAGGAACAGCAAAUCUUCAUCGAAGCCAAGGCCUCCAAAAUCUUCAACUGCCGGAUGGAGUGGGAGAAAGUAGAACGGGGCCGCCGGACCUCGCUCUGUACCCACGACCCAGCCAAGAUCUGUUCCCGAGAUCACGCUCAGAGCUCGGCCACCUGGAGCUGCUCCCAGCCCUUUAAAGUUGUCUGCGUCUACAUUGCUUUCUACAGCACGGACUAUCGGCUGGUGCAGAAGGUGUGCCCAGAUUACAACUACCACAGCGAUACCCCCUAUUACCCAUCUGGGUGACCUAGAUGGGCCGCAGAGGCCUGUGCAGGAGGCCGGCUGUCUGGGCGCUGGUCAGGGAAAGGGAUGGGCCUCAGGAAGGGAGGGGGUGGAGAGGACAAGAGGUCAGGUGGGGGAAGGGUCCCCAGUGCUGGCCCCAACCUGAGGUUAGAAUGUACUUGUUAUGGAGGAGGAAUGGGCUCUGGUCAGCCUUAGAGAGUUUUCCCACUGGUCCAAAGCUGACGCUGGGCCUUGAGGCCCCUGGACAGGCAGGCCAGGUGGCCCCAGAUCAAGCCACAGAAAAGACCUUAACCCUUGGCUCUCUCUCUCCUUGCCAUUCGGAAAGAGGACAGCAGUGGACAAAGGGGUGUCCACUGUGUAGGUCAGGUAGACAACUUGGGAUGAACGGCUCAGUGGCUUCCUCCAAUGGGGCUGGCAGUGGGCAGCCCGGAGCCCCUUUCCUACAGUGAGGUUGAAGUAGUGACCUCAUCCCUACCCUUAGGUCUUUGCUGUCAUGACUACCUGUCACCAGCCAGGCCACCCUUCUCCCUCCGAAACCCCUUCUCCUGCCAGCAUUCUCCCCUGCUGUCACCCUCUUGCUGAUGGCACGCCAUCCCGUCCUUCAGCCGAGACAGGACCUUUAGUUCCUUUUAGCAUGAAGGGCAGUGAGCAGAAGCCUGCCUGUGUGCUGCGUGCCCAUUCUCCACCCUAACCCCACUGAGAGUGCUCCCUCUCCAGCCCGCUCCUCAUAUCAGAGGGGGGACUCCGCAAUAGGAAUGGGGAUUCCUUCUCUGGGCCAUGGGACUAUCGGCAGAGUGGGGCGCAGGAGGCUGGACUGUGUGGCCACGCUGGAACUGUGCCCUAGUGUUGUCUGUGGGGUGGGGGGAGGGGUGGGAAGUCUUGUGAAAUGCCCUGUCACUUCUGUGUGCAGAGUCUUGUCCUUGGAGCAGAGAAUAAAGCUUCCCAGGGCAGCACAUUCUGAGUUAUCCAGGGGAGAGGGACCUGGGGCCCUUUCUGACUAGCAUUUUCCAGAUGGGGACCAAAGCUGCAGGCCUCUUGGUGCUGGGGCUCCCUGAGGCUUUGGGACUCCCUUCUCUGACACUCUUUGUAAGCAAACAGAUUUAGUGCCAGGGGCCCAAACAAACACGUUUGAGGCUGGGCACGGCACCUGAAGGGGCAGCUUGGGGGUAAGAGUCAGCAUGGGCCAAAUCUUCCUCCCGGGUCCUCACUGAGUUACCAUCUCUGGCCCUGCAGAGGGCAGUGGUAGAUGAUGUCCCAGCUCUGCCACUGUUUUUCUCUAAUGCCUGGUAAAGCACACUGGCCUCACUGGCCUCUUUCUGUUUCUCCCCCAGCAUCACACAGCACCUACAUCUCUGAGAAUCACCCAGAGAGCUGGUGUCAUACAGCCUUCAGGGUCCUCCCUAGCUCAGCACAGGUGGGCAGGGCCUGUAUCUCAGCCCUGGGCUUGGAUAAAUGCUGACAUACUUUGAAAACCUGCCCAAUGACCUCUAAGCAAACUUGGCUCCAGCUCCAGAGGAUGAAGAGAUUCCUCUCUUCUCUCUCCAGCUGUGACUCCCAUCUGCCUCUUGGGGGAAAAGGAACAGACUGAGGUGGCAUUGGGGACAAACAGAGCAGGAGAGUAGCCACUUCUCCCUCCUGCUGGAGAAGGCAUCAAAAUGGAUGGACGCCUGGGCUGGCUCCCCUACCAGGAUGUCCCCUCUGGAAGUCUUUUUAGGUCUAUUUUCUAUGGAGGUCAGCACUCAGGUCCAAAGGUCCCUUUGGGAAGUAUAGCCGUAGUGUGGAGAUUCCGACAGUGGGAGCCAGUGGCCUGACCUCUCCCAGUCUUUGCCCUCUGCCCACAAGCUCUGAGCCCAAAUGGUCCACACUUGCAGUCUGCAGCACACAGUCACCUGGCUGCAGCCCCUCUAUAUGGGAAAUGACCUAGAAAGCAAGAUGGCUGCGGGCGGGGGGAGGGGGCACACUCUCUUUCCAGCUCUGCCCUGAAUCAUCCUGAAGCCAUUUCUUCUGAGCAGACUUAAGACACACAUGCCCCUACACAGCCUUCUCCCUCCCUCCCUUCUGUACCUGUGACUGCAGUCAGAGGGCCUGGGGCUCCCCCACUCCAUCCUCUACCCCCACCAAGAGAAACCUUGCCUGCUAGAAUCCGGAGGCUUCUCCCACCUGUGCCCCUCAUCAGACACUGUCCUAGGGCACCUGUGGGGUGUAGCAGAAGAAACUGUGAGGCGCCCCCAUUUCCACCUCUGUGAGAACACUGAACUCUAGAGCGAGUACAGGGACACUCUGACCGGCCCCUCCUACUCCUCUUCUCCCGUGGAGAGCCAGCUGCUGCCGACAGCUGGAGGGCCCGGCCUUUCUGGCACACGGUGCUGCCUGCACAGGGGGUGGGUUCAUUUUAAUAACUUCAUUUCACCCUCUUGCACACUCUGCUUCCUCUCCCCUGCCUAUCUGCCUUCCCUGGCAACCAGGCUGAUCUCAAUUCAGAUUUGGCUAACAAAUUUCUUCCCGAAUCCCGAUUCCUUGGAGGAGCCCUCUGGUCCGUCUUUUCAGAUAGUUCAUGAGCCCCCUUGAUCCUCACAAGGGUAGUAGGUCCGCUCAACCUCCCUGGCUAAGAGGAUACCCACUUCUGCCCUUCUGAGCAGCAACAGCUAUGGCACCCUCUGUAGAGACAGACCUCAGGUCCCAUAAUGCCCCUGCUCUCUCACUCUGGCCUUGGGGAGCAUCCACAGGAGACUGGCUUUUUCCUAAAGGAGCCCUUCAAGAAACGACGGUCAGGGUCCUGCCUCACACCAACCCUUUGACCUCCCUAGAGCACCUUGAUGUCACUUUGCAACCUUCUCAAGCUGUUUGGGGUCCCUGCUUCUGGUUUGUCUUGUCCCCCCACCUACCCACUCAACUUGGUAAGGGUCUUGUCUCUCCUACAGGCUUGCCCCUGGUGCAAGCCUAGCACACCAGACCAGGGAGCUCUUCAGUUACUUGGUUUGUGUUUCCCCAUCAGAGUUUGGGGGGCCUCUGGGGGUAGGGGUUGUACCUCCCUCAACAGACUGGACAUUCUUUGGUUGACACAGACCGAGGUAAAGGUUGUGUCUCCCUCGUCGGUUAGCAUCUUUCUGAGGGCAAAGGGCUGUACUGUGACUGAAGGAGAAGCACUGGUCCCCAAGUGCCAGGGUCCCCAGAGUUGCUUUGCCCUUCAGUACUUCCUGGCUUCAGCAGUGCCAUCUCUACGCUAUAGCCUGUUCUGGAGCCUGGGAGCUAGUAGACGCUCUACCGUCAGCAAAGCCGAGUCCUCCUCUUGGUGAAGCUUAAGGCAAAACUGAAUGGGCUUCUGUCCCUCCUCCUCUCUCCUUCAUUCUCCUUCCCUAGAUGAGCAAGCGGGAACUGAGUCACCCCCGUCCCCAUCCUUGGCAGGAAUGCUGAUGACCUUGCAUGUGGCAGGCUCCUGUGGCGAGGACCAUUGCUCAG